UACAACUUCCUUCAGUGUGGGCUGAUUUAUUUGUGUGUAUUUGCGUGUGCGUAAAGCAUCAUUUGUUCAAAAGGAGAGUAUUUGUAAUAUCACUUUUGACAAAAUGUGUAAAAACAAUUGUUAUUGUCUUAAUUCUGCAUCUGUUUUUUUGUACUGUUGUUGAAGUCAAUGACAAUACCAAACAAAUACAUUUAAUCAAAAUGUGACUAUUUAUGAGAAUAUUCUAUCCCUAAUGAAGUUCACAACAUCCUUUUUUCAGCUCACCUCGCUGGUCAUCGCAGGUGUGUCUCUGCACAGCCUCAGGUUCCCAGGUGAUAAAUCUAAAACGCUCAUUUACGGCGGCACAGCGGAGACGUUUAAAUUGAGAGCCAGAGGAAGGACGUCUCUUCCCAGGAGAGCAGCGCCAGGAAUUCUCGGCUGCUGGGAGAAAAAAAAAUAAAACGGGAAAUGACGGUUUCUUACACCCUCGAAGUGGCCGAUGCUCGAUUCGGGGGCUUCUCCAAGCUCCUGUUCAGGUGGAAGGGAAGCAUCUACAGGCUGCUCUACAAGGACCUCCUGGCCUUCUGUGCCGUUUACCUGUUUUUCAGUCUGUUUUACAGGUUCCUCCUCUCGCCGAAGCAGCAGGACCUGUUCGAGCGGAUCGCCCUCUACUGCGACCAGUUCACCAACACCAGCUUCAUCCCGGUCCUGUUUGUGCUGGGUUUCUACGUGACCCUGGCCUUCAACCGGUGGUGGGGUCAGUACAGCAGCUUCCCGCUGCCCGACAACCUGAUGAUGGCGGUGUGCGGCAACGUGCACGGGGCGGACGAGAGGGGCCGCCUGCUGCGCCGGACGCUCAUGAGAUACGCCAACCUGUCCUCGGUGCUCAUCCUGCGCUCCGUCAGCACGCGGGUCCGCAAGCGCUUCCCGACCCUGGAGCACGUGGUGGAGGCCGGGUUCAUGACCACGCGCGAGCUGAAGAAGUUCGAGUCGCUCCACUCUGAUUUCAACAAGUACUGGGUGCCGUUGACCUGGUUCUCCAACCUGGCGGCCGCAGCGAGGGAGGAGGGGCGAGUGAGGGACGACGUCGCUUUGAGGCUGCUGAUGGACGAGCUGAAUAAGUACAGAGGCAAGUGCAGCCUUUUGUUCCACUAUGACUGGAUAAGCAUCCCGCUGGUCUACACUCAGGUAGUUACUUUGGCGGUUUACUCCUUCUUUGGAUUCUGUGUGAUCGGCCGACAAUUUCUGAACCCCGAGAAGGGGUACAAGGACCACAAGAUGGACAUGUACGUCCCCGUGUUCACCCUGCUGCAGUUCUUCUUCUACGCCGGCUGGCUGAAAGUGGGGGAGCUGAUCAUCAAUCCGUUCGGCGAGGACGACGACGACUUUGAAACCAACCAGCUGAUUGACAGGAACAUUCAGGUGUCGAUGCUGGCCGUAGACGACAUGUACCAGAACCUGGCUCCCGUCGAGAAGGACAAGCACUGGGCGCAGAGACAUUUCUCCGUCCCCUACACUGUGUCGACGGCGGCCGAGACCCUCAAACCGGCCUUCAGGGGCUCGGCCUUUGACAUGAGGGCGAGUGCCGAUGAUCUGGAGAUUCACCGUCCUGCAGACUCUUCUUUAGGGGGGGGGCUGUAUUUACCCCUGAAGGGCUCUCUGGGCGAAGGCCUCGACCUUCUUCUGCAGAGGGGCCAAGGGAUCCUGCGAGGUCGGAGCCUCCCGUCUCUGGUGGACGCGUCGACGUACCCGAAUGAGGACGAUGGCGCUUCCCCCGACGUCGACAUCGUCAACCACAGAGAACAACAAAAUGCGUUAAUCAAAGUCGCCGUGGGACACGAGUAGUGAAAAACCAUUGUGAUACUUGAACAUUUUGUGUUUUUGAAGAAAUAAUGUUCUUUUGCAGAACUUCUUUGUCUCAACUAAAUUAAUUAGUGAAGAAAAAGCUGGUCGUAAUAUUAUUUUUUACAAGCACUUAUGUCCGAUGGAUGUCUUACAUGACUUUAACUGCUUUAAAGUGAUUAUAUUUCAUGGUUUCUUUAUCAUCUUUACUAGACAAACGUGGCAAAACCUCAGAGGUUGAAAAACAAUGUUAAAAUGCAAUAAAAGUCCUGCAGAAGUUACUGGCAUAAGAAGGCAGUCUUUAUG